UAUUUUAAGUUCAGUUACGCAUUUUAUAUCUUCAAGAAACUAAAAAUUGAUGGGUUCCAUCGGAAACAUAAAAGACAUUCUUUCUGUCAAAAUCAAAGCAAGGCAUGAUAGUUACACAGAUCAAUUUGUUCGAAUUUUCAUGACAAAAAUGUUUAUGAUAAGCGCUCUUGUCAUGGGCGUAGACUUUUUUAACGACAAAGUAUCUUGUAUUGUACCCAAAACAAGUAAUUUAGGAGCAGAUUUUGUUCACAGUGCAUGCUGGAUACAAGGCUUUUAUAUCUAUCCCGAAAUGGCAAUGCGAAUGAAAGAUUCUAGAUACUAUGGUAUGCCUAGAGAUAUCAUAUAUGAUGGUAUGUUGGAAAAUGGAGUAUUAUGCAAAACAGGACCAACUUUAGGACAAAAAUGCAAACCUAUGCAAAAAACAUUUUAUCUUCAACAUCAAUGGAUGCCAUUUUUUAUUGCUAGCCUCGCUUUGAUGCACUACUUUCCUUACUUGUUGUUUCGAAUUGUUAAUACGGAUAUAAUUUCUUUGAAGACAAGUUUAAAAGGAGAAGUUAGUGCUGAUUCGCUCGUUCGCAAUUAUUUUAACUACAAAAUAAACUCAAAAACAAAGAUGCGUAUUCGUAUUUUUUUAAACCUUGUUAUAAAAAGCUUCUACAUUACAGUUUGCUGCGUAGGAUUUUGGCUAAUAGACUUACUUCAUAACGGCAAUUUUAAGAGUUACGGGCCGAGCUGGAUACGGUGGACAAAAUACAACAAUUCUGCAUCACAUGAUUUCCAGGAAAUGAAGCAUCCUAAACCAGGUAACGUACUUCUUCCACCAAUGGGUAUCUGCGAAAUUGCAGAAUCUUACGGAGACUCAACUCAUUCUAUGAUAAAUCACAAUAAGUUUGUUUGUGAAAUUAGCCCAAAUAUAUUGUAUCAAUAUGUACUCAUCAUGCUAUGGUUUCUGAUUGUCUUUAGCAUUAUUGUUAGUAUUAGUGGAUUGAUUAUUAGCUUGGUAGGACAUCUUGUGACAGUAACAUGUUUUUUAAAUGAUGGAAAUCCAGCGCGUGAAAUAUAUCAAAUUUUAACAUUUCGGGAAUGUGAGUACUUGGAAAUGAUACGCCGGCGCAAUAUUCCACUAUUCGGUGAUAUUGUGCGAACGUUGCUAAGCGAUAGAUCUGAUUGCAAAUGCAAAGGUACUUUUAAUUUUCCUCAAGAAAAAAACUUCAACCAAGAACUGCUAAACUAUGAUCAUCGAAAACUAGAAUACCGCAGCAGAACUCAGAGUUUUGCAUAAUUCGCUCAAAGUUAUUCUUAUCCUCUUCUUUUAUAAUGGUAUAUAUAGAAUGGUAUAUGUAUUGUAUAUAUGAAUGGUAUAUGUAUUUUAUAUAUGAAUGGUAUAUGUACUGUAUAUAUGAAUGG